UACAUCUGUAGACAUAUCACACACAUCAUACAAGCAAAUAACAAAAACCCAAAAACGAUCGCACCGUAACCGAAUGUGUAGAUUAAAAUUUUAAGCAUUUAAUACAUUCUGUUCGAUUUCAUUUCCAUAUUUCUUGUUCAGUCGUUCAGUCGUGAAAGAAGGAGUAUAACGUGUCCCCAGACUGACACUAUUACGUAAAAUUGCAAUAUUUUUUUUGAUUAAAAAGUUGAGUUAAAUUUCGAAAUAGAUUGCAGUUUUAUUGGGGUUUUGUUUAUAAAAUAAAAGUGUUGUGUCCGUGACAAACAGAAAAAUGGCAACAGAGAAAACCAGUCUUCUUCACAAUAAUCUGAUUCUACAAGAUAAGGUGAAGGAGUCAAUGGUGGUGGUUACCAUUCCAAAACAGAUUUCAGACAUAGAGGAAGAACCCUGGAGCGGUCUUACACGCGAUCAACUGAUGACAUACGUACACGAUCCGUACUGGGUAACGCUGCGUAAAGUCAUGAUGAUUGUAUUUUGGGUCACAUUAUUCGCAAUGUUCACGUCGGCGAUUGUCAUAGCAAGUGUUGAACACAAUGGAAUCUGUGCACCGAAACUGAAAAUGCUUAAUUUGCAAGGAGCUCCGGCUGACAUAGUCACUAAAUUAUCGAUAAGCACCGAAAAAAUCGACAAACUUAAUGUAACCAAUAGCCUUGUCUCUUAGCUUAUCGGAAAUAUUUUUACGUUUUUUUUUCUCGAUCACGACAAGUUCAGGGAUGUUUUGUGAUUUAAUUAAUUGUAUAUUAAGCUAAUCGACCAAGUAUUUAAUUUAUCGAUUCAGGAAGAGCAAAUGGAAUUUUUGUAUAAAUAAAAUAUUUUGUUGUCUUUGCAGUGACUUGUCUUUACUGCUAACGUGUUCAAUUUGAAACCGAAAAACGAUGAAAAUGUAUAAUUGAAUUGAUCAGUAGUUUUCCUUUACAUAAUAACAAAACGAAAAAACAAAAAAACGAAAUGUGAUAUUUGUGUUAUUGAUUUGGUGUAAUAAAUUCUUUCACGCAAAA